GCAGCUCCCCCUUUCCACCCUCCUUUCUCCCAUCAUCUCCCCCCUGCCUGCCCCACCCGGCAGUGUUUGCUUUCCUCCCGGAUCCCGGAUGAAAGGGUUGCCCUGCCCAUGCCCUGCCCUGCCCCAUUUCUGGCAGCUGGGGCCUGGCUCCAUGGCUGAGGGCUCCAGGACACAGACCCCGGGGAAAGGGCCCCCUCUUAGCAUCCAGCUCCUGCGAGCCCAGUAUGAAGUCCUGAGGAGGCAGCAGAGGGCCCAGGCCCACCUCGUGGUGCUCCCGAAAGGAGGGAAUGUGCCUGCUUCUGCUGAACCCGUGGUCAGUGCUGUUUGGAUUAACAGAGAGAGGAGGCGCUCCCUGGCCCUGGAGGAGGCAGCUCCGGAGGCAGAGGGGACGGUGGAGGAGGAUGACCAACACUGUCUUCAGGCCCCUGAGUCUCCGUGGCACACACACCUGGAGAUGCAUUGUUUGGUCCAAACCUCACCCCAGGGAACCAGCCAUCAAGGGAAGCACAAAGGCAAGCUGGUGGGGUCUGACCAAAGGCUCCCUCUGGAAGGAGACACACACUUGUUUGAAGACAAUCAGAUAACUCAGCAAGGAACCAAAAUCCCAGAGGCAGCCCAGUGUCAAUGCCAAGUGGGCAGUACCCAAACAAAGGCAGUGGGAUCUGGCUUAAAAUUCAGCAUUCCCUAUCCUCCCUCCAUAAAGCAGCCACACAGGUCUGGCAAACCAGCUCACUAUCCAUUUCCCCAGAGGAAGACUCCCAGGAUCUCCCAAGCUGCCCGGAACCUGGGCUUAUAUGGCCCAGCCUGAAGCUUUCUACUCAGCCAGACGUCUCAGCCUUGAGGCCAUCUACGGCCUCAUCAAAGAACAGAGGAGGCAGAGCCAGAACUAGAGCCUCUAGCUAUGAGCAAGAACUGGACUAACCCAUUGCAGGCAUUGUGGGAAAUGAACUUUGCCGUGGAAACAUGGUCUUGCCCUUCAAAAAAGAAGAGAUUUCCCAGGCCAGAUUGCUCACAGUUUGGGGUGAAAGUGUACGAUCUGAUCAGUGCAGCCCCACUCUGCUGAUACGAGAAGAAGACAUUGCAGUGGAGCUCUGGAUGAACAUUCCUUGGGGAGGCCCAGCAAGACUUCUGCUCUGCCCCUGGAAUUCGAGAAUUUUGAAACAUAAAGCAGAGACUCUAGUGGACAGAAUGCCUUAGCAAUGCCCAUGGAUCGAUGAGUGACUUGUAUCCAGUAUCUUCUGAUGAUGUCUCACAUAUUCUGGAGAAGAUGAGCUCUGAGAAUUCAGAAUGUGGUUCUCGUUGGUGUGCCUGGGGGCCAUCCCACUUAAAAGCCACUACAUUUAUUGGUAGUGACCACACGAGUUCAGCUUGAGCUUCUCAAAGUAUGGCCACCCUGAGUAAAGAGGGUCAGAUCAAUGUCACCUGCCAUUCGAGUCUUCAAGGGGUCUUUAGGAAGGGUUGAUCAUCUAUCACCGCUCACUGAGACUGCACCUUCCAGCCUCAUCACAGAUUUCCUCCCUCCCUUCUUUCCUUACACCUUUCUUCCUUCUCUUUCUCUCUCCAAAUUAACUUCUUAUUAAAAACUCUCAAUUCUGAUGCUUUGGGAGUGAUGAAUAAAAUAAGAAAAACAAUCCUUCCAAUCAUUGAAGAUAUAUAGUGACGGGAGCUUGAGCAAAAAGAGACAAAUGUUCCUGCUUGGAAAAUAUGUGUUCCCCAUCAACUGCCCCCUUUCCAGCCUAUCUUGAAUCACUCAGAUCCUUCCUGAGAUCAAAUAUACAUUUCUAAACCCAAGACAAAGUGAAGGAGGUGUUACUUGGGUGAUGGGGAAGAAAGCUUGUCUCUCCCGGUUAAUGUUUAACUUUAGUGCUGAUAUUUAAACAUACCUAAGGUGCUUUUCCCUUUUAUCACAUUCUCUCUCUGUGAAGUUUUAUCCACAUUUUUCUUUUUUCCCCAAGGCAAUCCAGUCUUGCCCACUCACAUCCAGAGUUGUUAACUAGGAGUGUCAUUCGUUGUCAAAACUAUACAGGUGCCUGCUUCUUGGACUACCCAGAAAUUCACUCCAAUGUGAGAAUUCAUUGUGAUUCCU